AGUAUAUAAUAAUAAUUCAUUAUCACAUUUAUCUUUGACCCAAAAUUUGCACUUAUAUUUCAUAGGUCAGCUCCCAACUCUUUGCUGCACUUAGGCUUCUAACUUGGUGCAUUGACUCACCAUCUUUGCUUUGAAUCGCCAUGGAAGAUAAACUAGCAACAACUAGUGAAGGACAACCCAUAAGAUGUAAAGCUGCGAUUUGUCGCAAGCCAGGUUCUCCAUUGAGUAUUGAGGAGAUCAUUGUGGCACCACCAAUGCCUCAUGAAGCUCGGAUUCGUGUUAUAUGCACUUCUCUUUGUCACAGCGAUGUUACUUUUUGGAAAAUGGAGGUCCCUCCUGCAAUUUGUCCAAGAAUUUUGGGUCAUGAGGCUGUUGGGCUCAAGUUUGAAACGGAACUAGCUCAAAAGAAAGUUAAAAAGCAAUGAGCACUCAAUAUCACGUCCAAGACAAAGACGCUAUAGUCAUAAAGUAAACAGCGUUUUAUGUACGUAGGAGACGUCACAAUGCAUUAUUAGUUACUUGUAAUUUUUCUUUGACAGAUACAAGAUGCUUCAUACAACUUGCAUUGUAAAGUUACAGGAACAUUAAGUCAUGAAUUAUUAGAACAAUCGAAAGUCUAACCAUGUAAAUGCCUUGUCAUUGUCAAAAUGAGAAUUAUGGUUGAGACUUGAGGGAUGACCGUUUGUAUGGAAAUGGAGCAUUUCCACGGUCUUUAAAGGACAAGUCUGCAGUGUGUCCCGUUUUUCCUUCAAACGUUUGUUCCUUUGUGUGUG